UUUGCUGUCGAGGACUGAACCUAUAGGGUUGUUUUUGAUUCUUUUGAGGCUGGAAAAAAAAAAAAAAAAGACUUGGGCUGUCACCGGCUCAUUAGGCUUUAAUCCAGUAUUUAGGAAGGAGAUUAAAGCCGUAGACUUGUCACAAACAGGAAAACGCCACAAACAGUGGAGUUAACGUCUGGAAACUCCUUAAAUAGCAGCGAAGCAAGUUCUGUAUUGUUUCGCAGGCUGCUUAGUUCUCAUUGUUCUGCAGGACUGGAGCAAUGCUGUACAUAACUUGCAAUAGUUCCCUUGGAUUUUAAUAUGGAUACUUUUACGGCCAGUGGUAUGAAAACACAAUAUGAACUAAUCUGGUCUGAGAUUUCAGAACAACUAAGCAUGUUAAGAAAAAGCAAUUCUCGGCGAAUCAACAGGAUGCUUUCUGAUGAAUCCGCACACACUCCUGUGUUUCAUAGAUCCAUCUCUGAAUCUUCCAUGGACAACUCAUCGAUGGAAGAUUUCUGGUGUGAACUCAAGAACAUCAAAGAGAACAGUGAGAAUGGGUCAGAUGACAGCCUGCUGGUGGAUGUUAAGCCUGCCGAUGAUGGAGAGAUGGAGGCAGAAUGGCUACAAGAGGCAGGUCUGUCCACCCUUAUCUCUGGUACUCAGGAACAUGAUGGUCAGGCCUUGCUGUCCACGUUAACUCGUACCCAGGCAGCUGCUGUCCAAAAAAGAUACAAUUCUUACACACAGACUAUGAGGAAAAAGAACAAACAUUCAGUAAGGGAUGUACGAGAUAUCUUUGGAAUUAAUGAAUCUACUCCCACAUUUGAAACCAUAGCAGUAUCCCCUCUUGCAACAAAUGGGAUUCAAAUCCCCAUGAAAAAACCCAUAUGGAAGCCUCUCCCUUCGAACAGUUGCACUUUAGAAAAAAGUAACCCGACAAUAGCAGAAGAACUGUCUUUUGAAGUGUCUUUUUCCGAGACCAUUGUUAUUGAUGAUAAAGAGAAACAGCCAAAACAAAGAAUUAAAAAGGACGACUGCAUCUUACCUAAAUUUAUUGUUUGGAAAAGCAGAUUUGGGCUGACGGAAAUUGAAGAUUUAUCUCUUGAAGACAUGAAGAAAAUACGGUAUCUCUCCCUAAUCGAAUUAACAGCUUUCUAUGAUGCUUUGGGAAUUGAAUUAAAGAGGAAUAGAGUUCUACGUGUUAAGGGAAGAGAAAAUGGCCUUUUUGGAGUUCAUUUGACAACAUUAUUGGAAAAUGAUCAAAAGAAAGUGCCUGGCACAAAGGUCCCCUUGAUCUUUCAAAAAUUAUUGCAGCAACUUGAAGAAACAGGUCUAGAGACAGAAGGAAUACUGCGAGUUCCAGGCUCUGCCUCUCGGGUUAAGAGUCACCGGGAGGAAUUGGAAUUCAAAUUUUAUGAUAACACUUUUGACUGGAAGAAAGUUCGAAACAAUGACGCUGCCGGUCUUCUAAAGAUGUUCAUAAGGGAACUGCCCACACCUCUGUUUACAAUGGAGUAUCUCCCUGCCUUCACUGCGUUAGUAGAAAAAAUCUCCAAGAUCAAAUUGCAGCUGCAAGCUCUUCAUCUAUUAAUCAUGCUCCUGCCAGAUGCCAACAGAGAUACUGCCAAGGCUUUACUGCUCUUCCUCAAAAAGAUUGUGUCAAAUGAAGAAAAAAACAAAAUGAGUUUGUGGAACGUAUCUAUGAUUCUUGCACCAAACUUGUUUAUUUACAAAGGAAAAAGUGCCAACCAGGAAGAGAUGAAGGCGGCGGCAUCUACUGCGCACAUUGUCCGACUAUUAAUUAGGUACCAGGACAUUUUAUGGACGGUUCCAGCCUUCCUGAUUUCCCAAGUGCGGAAAAUGAAUGAGGCAGCACUGAACAAUAACAAGAAGCAGCUUAUUUUCGAUAAGAGCGUAAGGAAAUUAUUGAGGCGAAAGACUAUGGAGCGUGAAAGGCCUGAAAGGAGAGAGCACUCUGAUGUACCUGAAGGAGUGAUAAGAGUCUAUGCUCCAUUACACUCAAAGGUUUCCAUGGCAAUCCAGCUGAACAGUCGGACAAAAGCCAAAGACAUCCUGGCGCGGUUUCAGUGUGAAAACAGCCAUGGGACUUCUGAUAAAUCACGCACCCAAAGCUUAUAUGAAAUUGGAGGAAACAUAGGAGAACACUGCUUAGACCCCGAUACCUACAUGCUGGAUGUCUACCAUGUUAACCCUCGUGCAGAAUGGAUAUUAAAACCCAAAAACAGCUGAGAACAAUGGAUUGUGCAAUUUCUUUUUUAAAUCUUCAAGCCGCACUGACGGAAUGUAUUGGACUAAGUGCAGCAUAGCUGCUAUGUACCAUGACUGACAUUGCUGGAGAUGAUAGACUAUGAAGACAUGGGUACUUGGAGGAAGUAAACACUAAACCUGUGGAGAAAACCUGUGGACCUUGAAUGAGCAUAUUUUUUUGCUCUUGGUGGAAUAUAAUUUAUGCAAUUUUUAUUUUUUAUUUUUUUAUGUAAAACACUACCAGAAAGCUGGAAAUGUGUCAGAUCCUCAGUUCUUGCUGACUGUUCCUUCUACAAGUAUUAUUGCUGGCACAGCUGUAUUGUUGGCCCUUCUUACUGCUGGACAGACAUUGAACCCAUUCAUGGCCACCAUUGAUGCCUUUAGAAGCUCUAGUGUGACAGGAAUGCUUUACUCAGCAUCUUAUAAGAACUCUUGACUGUAACUGUUGUACGUCCUUUUGUAUAGGAACCACUAAGUUUGUACAGUUACAUUUUUUUAAUCUAUUUGUAGAUAUUCUAUAAUGGUUUUGUAUUUUUUUAAACAUUUCCUCCGUGCACAUAUUUAACAUUUGUAAACCAUCUGUCAUUACUUCAGUAUUCACAUUUAGUGAUAUGUUUUUAACAUACACAUUAGUGGGUGCCUCUUCCAUAGGCCAUGAGUGUUUCUGCCAGGGGAUAUGUUGUAAAUGGAAAUAUCCAGGCAUUUGGCCAACUGGCAUGUAUGCUUUAGACUUUAGUGUUGAAAUGAUUCUUGCGUGACUUGUUUAUUUUGAUUGUGGAGCGCACGAUUGUGAAAGAUGAAUUCACAUGUAGAUGCAUAACUUAUAUAAAUCUAAUGUUUAGUAGAAAGUCUCAGCAUUUUGUCAUAAUAUACAGAAAGGCACUUUUUUCUCAAGAGGGGAGGGGGGGUCAAAAAAAACUUCACCAUUCUGGACAUGGACAUGGGUAAUUUUUUUUAUUUAUUUUUUCUUACUCUAUUCAAAUUUCUUACAGGAGAAUUCAAUAUAAUCUCCUGAGAUGUCAUAGAAACAGAUAGGACACAUUUAUUUAUGAGGUCUGUAAACUUAGGUCAUUGUUGAUUUCCAGAACAAUAAUGCACUAAAGAGAGUUACAAUAUUGUUGCACUGUUCAGAGAUUUCUGUGAGUGGGAAUCUGACAUAACAUUCUAAGUAAAGAUUCAUGUUGAAUAUCAGUAACUGUGUGGCCGUGUAACCUCAGAAACCUCUAAAAGAUCAGGAGAAAUCUUACAGUGGAAUUUAUCAUUGGCCGAAUUAGACACAGACCGUGAAAAGUGGAAUUUGUAUAAAGUGGGUGUGAAAGUAGGUAUGGCCUCCAGCUAUGCUGGAUUUAUUACAAUUUAAACUAAAGAGAUAGCAUAAAUUGUACCUGAAAUUGACGCUAGCUCAGAGCUGGAGUAGAUUUCAGAAGCACAGCACAUUGGCCACUUCAAUGCCUGAUUUAUUAAGAGAUGCCUCGUAAAAAAUCAGCUAAAGCAGAAUCCAGAGUACUUCACAUUGAGACCAUCGUAUGAAACGGUUGUCUUGAUAAAUUCUCCCAGAGACUUCACCAAUGUUAUGUAUAAUGUUUGUAUCUACAACAUACUAGAACAUUUUCAGUGUAUUUUUGCUGUCAUAUUUCGAAUUUCAAUUUCUAAUUCCAACCCAUAUGGAAGGAAGUCGAGAAUUUCUUUGGAGGUUCUCACCAUGACAUGGACA